GGUUGAGGCAGCAUGGGCCCAGGAGCAGCUAGCGCCGGCGGGGACUCGCGAUCGCUGACGGAGCCCGUCUUCUUGGAGCGCGUCGCCGCGUCCGUGGGCAGAAAGUGGCAGCACGUGCUGGACCAGAGCACGAUCCACGUGACGGGCCGCUGGGUCUUCUCCGCCGUGCUCUUGGUCGUGUACCUCGCGCGCGUCUUGACAAUCAACUCGUUCCACAUCAUUACGUAUGGCCUUGGUAUCUAUUUGCUCAACCUCUUCAUCGGCUUCCUCUCGCCGCAGAUCGACCCCGAGACGGAGGGCCCCGUGCUGCCGUCUUCGAAGAGCGAAGAGUUCCGCCCGUUUAGCCGCCGCGUGCCCGAGUUCAAGUUUUGGUAUGCGACGACCAAGGCGACGUUUUACGCCCUCCUCAUGACGUUUUUCGAGAUCUUCAACAUCCCGGUCUUUUGGCCCAUUCUGCUCAUGUACUUUAUCGUGCUCUUUACGCUCACGAUGAAGCGCCAGAUCAAGCACAUGUGGAAGCACAACUAUGUGCCUUGGAACCACGGCAAGCAAGUCUACAAGGGCAAGCCCCAAAAGGACAGCAAGUAGGAGGUAGCGAAACACGCUGUGGUCGAAUAGAUUGAUAUCGUCCUUCAUAAUAACGUGUCAACGG